UCAAGUUCACAGAAGCUCCUGGGAAAAACUUUUCCUCUCUUCUAUCCAGUUACACAUUAGUGAAGCUUAACCCCAGUCGAGUUUGUUGUAGGACUUUCUUUUCUCCCAGCAACAGCUGGUUCGUGUCAACAUGUCCCUCGCGGAUCAGCAGUGGAGUCCCACGAGCGUGCAGGUAACGGUGCUCCAAGCCAGAGGUCUGAGGAUAAAGGGGAAAAGCGGCACUAACGAUGCCUACGCGGUCAUGCAAGUGGGCAAGGAGAAGUUCCAGACCUCGGUGGCGGAGAAGUGUGUCGUCCCGGUGUGGAAGGAGGAAGCAGCCUUCGACCUGCCGCCGACGUCGCAUCAAGGAGCAGGAGGAGGAGGCACGCUGCACGUCCACGUCCUGCACCGGGCCCUGGUGGGUCCAGACAAACUGCUGGGUCAGGCUACCAUCAGCCUGCUGCAGCUCAGCGAGGAAGCAACACACAAAAAGACCGAGUGGUUUAAGUUGCUGGACAAGACAGGCAAGCCUGACAAAGAGAGAGGAGAAGUCCUUGUAGACAUUCAGUUCCUGAAAAACAACAUGACCGCAAGCAUGUUCGACCUCUCCUCUGCUGGGAAAUCUAGAUCCCGCCUGGGCAAGUUCAAGGAUAAAGUCAGAGGCAAGAAAAAGGACUCAGAUACUUCGUCUAAUGUGGUGCCGGCGCUCACCCAGGUUAUGACGGACAGUGAGGAGGAGGGACAUGGGGAUGAGGAGGUAGCUGCAGCCAAGGACGAGAAGAAGAAGAAACUGAAGGUGAAGUCUUUGUUUGCUCCCAAGUCGAACCUGCACAAGAGCAUGUCUCAGUCCAUGUCGGUUCUUCCUCCAAAGAACUCGACACUGAGCAGCAGCCAGUCUGGACUAAAUACGGAGGGCUCUGAAGGUAAAAAGAAGUUCAAGUUCAAGAUUCACAAACGCUCAGGCAGCUCAGACAACAAAGACUCUGCUCAAAAGCAUGCCACUGCAGAGCAGAGUAAUGUGUGCAUCAACGGCAGCCAUGUUUACUGUGAGGAGCCUCAACCUCGAACCUCUCGCAUCGGAUCCAACUACAGCCUCGCCAGCUCGGGCCACGGAUCCAUGGAGGACGUCCCAGACAGCUCACCACCAUCUGUUGAUUCUUUGAGGGCCGUGAGGCAAUAUUCACCAUGGACAGAGGAGGAGGAGGAGGAAGAAGAGGCUGCAAAAGAGGAAGAAAGUGACCUGAAAAAGGAGGAAGAGAAAAAGAUAAGAAUGGAGGAGGAAAGGAGAAAAAAAGAGGAGGAAGAGUUGGAGAGGUUGGUUGAGCUAAAGAGGAAACAAGAUGAAGAGAAAAAAAGAAGGAUCGAUGAGGAGAAAGAGAGAAGGGAGGAAGAGGAAAGGAUAAAGGUGGAGGAGGAGGAGGAAAGGGUUAGGAGAGAGGUAGAGGAGAUUAAAAGGCUGGCUGAGGAGAAGAGGAGAGACGAAGAGCUAAAAAGAAGGCAUGAAGAAGAGAGAAUGAAAAAGGAAGAAGAAGAGAGGAAAUGUAGGGAGGAAGAGGAGAGGCAAAGACUAGAAGAGCAACUUAAGAGAGAAGAAGAAGAGCGUGAAAGGUUAGCAGAAGAAAAGAGGAGAUUAGAACAACAAGAAAGAAGGGAAAGAGAGGAAGAGGAGAGAAGGAAAAUGGAGGAAGAAAGACAAAAAAGAGAGGUAGAGGAAAGGCUAAGGCUGGAGGAGGAAAGAGCACUGGAAGAGAAGAGGAGAAGUGAGGAAGAGGAGAGGGCUAGGAGGCUAGCAGAAGAGCUUAAAUUAGAAGAAGAAAAGAGGAAACUGGAAGAAGAAAGGAGAAGGAUCGAAGAAGAGAGAGCUAGAGAGGAGGAGGAGGAGAGGAAAAGAGAGGAAGAAGAGAGGGCAAGGAGGCUAGAAGAAAGGCUUAAAUUAGAAGAAGAAAAGAGGAAACUGGAAGUAGAAAGGAGAAGGAUUGAAGAAGAGAGAGCUAGAGAGGAGGAAGAGGGGAGGAAAAGAGAGGAAGAGGAGAGGGCAAGGAGGCUAGAAGAAAAGCAUAAAUUAGAUGAGGAAAAGAGGAAAUGGGAAGAAGAAGAAAGGAGAAGGAUUGAAGAAGAGAGAGCUAGAGAGGAGGAGGAGGAGAGGGCUAGGAAACUAGAAGAAGAGCUUAAAUUAGAAGAGGAAAAGAGGAAACUGGAGGAAAAAGAAAGGAGAAGGAUUGAGGAAGAGAGGGCUAGAAAGGAGGAAGAGGAGAGGAUAAGGAUGGUGGAAGAGCGUAGAAAAGAGGAAGAAGAGAUACUGAGAAUGCAAAAAGAGGAAAGAAGAAGACAGGAUGAAGAGGAAAGAAGGAGGCAAGAGGAAGAGGAAAGGAGGAGGUUAGAGGAACAAGAAAGGAAGCAAAGAGAGGAGGAGGAAAGCAUUAGGAUAGCAGAGGAGAAGGCGAGACAGCUACGGGAAGAGUAUGAAAGACUGCUAGAGGAAAACAGGAAACUACAGGAGGAAGAAAAUCAAAGAGUUAAGGCAGAAAAGAAAAAGAGAAAGGAGGAAGAGGAGAGGAAAAGACUGGAAGAAGAGCAGAAGAUGUUAGAGGAAAAGAGAAAACUAGAAGAAGAAGAAAGGAGGAUUGAAGAAGAAAAAAGGCAAAGAGAGGAGGAGGAAAUGAUGAGGAAGGAUGAGGAGAAGAGAAAAGAGGAAGAGGAGAGAGCCAGGAAGGAAAAGGAAGAAUAUGAGAGGAUUAUGGAGGAAAAACUGAGACAGGAAGAAGAAGAGCGGAGAAGAAUUCAGGAAGAAGAGGAGAGGGAAAGGCUCAGGAUAGAGGAGGAGAAAAAGGAAAAGGAGGAAGAAGAGAGGGCCAUGAAGGAAAAGGAAGAAAUUAGGAGAUUAGAAGAGAUGAGGAAAAUUGAAGAAGAAGAAAAAUGGCAUAAAGAAGAAGAGGAGAGAAUUAGGAAGGAGAAGGAAGAAGAGGAGGCCAGGAGGUUGGAGAAGGAGAAGUUAACAAAAGAUGAAGAACAGAAGAAGGAGGAUAAAACCAAAAAAGCUACAGGGAGAAGAGUGGAAUUUGCAAUCCCCGCAGAAGUCACCUCUACUAAUCCAUUUGAUGAACACUACUCCUUAAAUCCUUUUGAGGAGAUUUCCAGCUCACCUGCUGAACCCACCAGGGGCCGAUCUUCCACAAAUGAGAAAGAUCUUACUGGUUCUUUACGAGAGAAGCGAGCAGCUCCUCAGCCUCCAGGAAAGCCUUCAGCUGACAGACACACUCAGAAGGAGCAGGAUAGUUCUGCCACACGACAUGUGGUACAAAACAACAAGCAGAGCAAAGAUGCCAAAACUAGCAGCCUUAUUCCUAAGCGCUCUGUGAAGAAAACCUCUCCUGUGAAAAGCUCUGCCCCAGGUACAGACAGCGCUCAGAGCUCGACACAGAAUAGUAGCACCAAGGGAACAACAAGUGUAGCAAAGCCUGGCAAACGUCUUGCACCAUCUCGACCUGUUGGCUCUGAAAUUAAACCCUCUAAGGCUUCACCUGUCAACACGGCUGAAGUGAAACAAGAGCCAGCGGUUCGCAGCUUAAAUCCAUUUGAUGAUGAUGAAGAUGAAAUUGAGUUACCAGUCCAAGAAGAUAAGACUGUAUCAGGUCAUUUGGGUUCAAUUCAGUGCCCUACACCUGUCACACAAGCUGCUGAUGGAGAUGCCGCCUCUCAAACCAAAACUAAAUCCUCUAAGAUGGUCCAUGCUCCCUUAGCUCCUGCAAAAAAAGAUGCCACAUUGAGCAUUUUAAGUGACCAAAGCAUAGAAGGAAGCCCUGUUAAGGAUGAAACAAGCAGUAGAGUACUAGAUGUUAGUGACACCCAUGAACCUAAGUCAGAGGCUGAAAGUGUUGUUCAUGUUAAAAAGACUACACAGCAAGAAUCCCAGCAUGCAGCGGUGCAGGGUGUUGCAGAAGAUGCUGGUGGGAAGACGGAGGCACCUCCUGCACCUCCACGCAGGCUUCAACCAGUGAAACCUCUAAAUCCUUUGGAACAGAAAUCUGUCUCUGCUGCAAACAUGAAAAAAGAAGACAAAUGCACAGAAAUCCUUUCUGAAGUUCAGGAGAAAACAAAGGUAAAUGACACUGCACUGAAAGGGCCGUACUCCCAGCUGACUCGGCAGGAACUUAUCUCUAUGGUGCUAAAACAGGAGACCCUGCUCUCACAGAGAGACGAAAAGAUAGCCGAGCUGGAGAAGUACAUUGACAACUUACUUGUGCGUGUCAUUGAAGAGGCACCAACUAUUCUCAUGUCCAUGACCGCUCUGAAGAAAGCUGCAUAAGCCGUAGCACGUGCACCAAAUCAGCUCAAACCCACACUGACAGAGCUACGACUACUUCACCUGAGAGACCUGUGGAUCAUAUCAUGCCAUAGGUAACUGCUAGAGAUGGCAACAGUUAAAAGUUCAGCGGUAAAAUACAAAUCAAAUCUGUUUUGUCAAAUCUUAAGAGGCUUCUUUGCCAUUUUGCUACAUUAUGCACAUGCAUGAUGCAGAAAUGUCUUGAGUGUUUGUGAAUAUGAUUCUUUUAUGUUUUUUCAUGGACUGCUAGCUUCACGCCUCCUGGAGCUUAUAUGAAGAACAGCCUUACUCUACUGUAAAACUUUGCACUAGUUAUCGAAGUUUGCUCUUAUACUGAAUGUCAGCGUUUACAUGAUUCUACUAACCCCUAAAAGGCACUUUAUUUAGCUUACACUGUGCAUUGAAUGACUAUUCUUCUCUGGUGUUACUGCAUUAUAUUAAACAUGUAGAAAAUAAAAGUAAAUAUUGCAAUUUUCCUGAAAUAAAGAA